GCCAUUGGUGGCCAAGGUUGCGGAACGAGCCCGCAGCGAUUCCCCUGCAAUUGACUACCACCAGAAUCAAGUGCGCGUAUAUCUUGUCAAGUUUCCUACGUGGUGUGGUAUACAUUUAAUUAGAUGCGCAGAAAAGUCAACGAUUGCCGCCACAUUUCAACAUCACAGCUGUCCCCAGCAAAUCCAAUCUUAUUUUGGAAUUUAAGCUGAACAAUCAAAUUUUAAUCGGAAGCCUUUGUUUUAUCUAGUAAUCUUUUUGAGAAUAUCUUGCGGCGUAUGGCAUCAGGGCGAAAAUGUCUGCAUUCGUUUUCAUCAAUUCCCUAGGGAAGAAUGCCCCUACUAUCAUAGCAAUAGCUGCGCUGGCAACAAUUGCCACCAUCGCCCAAUAUAUCUGGAAAAGGCGUUCCCACCCUCUCCGCUCAAUACCAGGACCUUGGAUUAAUAGCUUCUCCGAGAUCCCUGCGGCAUUGGCUCUGGUCAGGGGAGAUCAGCACGUUUACUACAAGUCUUUGCAUGAGAAAUAUGGUCGCGUGGUUCGCGUAUCUCCUAAUGAGCUCAGCUUCCUUAGCACAGAAGCGCGGCAGGAGAUCUAUGGUUUGCGCAAAGGUGGUCUGAACAUGGAAAAAAGCCCCAUCUUCCUAGGCGCAGUGGGUGCGGUGGGCGGAGAGACGGGCGUGAGCCUUGCCCUGAACGCAGAUCACACCCGACAGCGCCGGGCGCUGGGCUAUCUCUUUACAAACAGUGCGCUGCUCAGGUUCGAGGCGUUGAUGAAGCUACAGGUGCAAAAGUUCAUCGCGGUCAUGGAGGAAAACGCUCUGAGAAGAGAGCCUGUGAAUGUUGCCAACUGGUUUACCUAUCUCGCAUUUGACAUCAUGGGUGAUCUUUGCUUCGCGGAGCCGUUUGGGUGUCUGGAUCAGGCCGCCAACACAGAGUGGUCAACCUCGGUCAUCAAGGUCUUUGUGUCGGCCACCUGGACACAAGGAAUCCGUAGGUUAUCCGGAACAGGCACUUGGCUGGAGUCUCUAAUGACGCGACUGCUCGUGCCAGCCAAGGCAGCCGAGUGGAGAAAAACGCAUCUCAACAACUCGCGCGAGAGGACGCUGCGUCGCCUUGCAUCCUCGGAGCAGGACCAUGCGGAUUUCAUUUACCACAUCCUCAACAGCGAGGGCAAGAGUUCCCUGAGUCCUAACGAGGUCAUACUCAACGUGGCCCUCAUGAUCAGCGCCGGUACAGACACGACGGCGACGGCUCUGACCGGCUGGACCUAUUUCGUCUGCACACAUCCAGAGGCAUAUAGGAGGCUGAUCGAGGAGGUGAGGGGUGGUCUGCCCACAGAAGACCACAUCAAAUGGGAAAACGUCCGAAAGCUGAGCUAUCUCGAAGCAACAAUACACGAAGCCCUCAGACUCUACCCGCCUUCACCCGCAAGCCAGCAGCGUAUCGUCCCCAGGGGUGGCGCGACCAUCGACGGGUAUUUUGUACCAGAAGGAACGACGAUCGCCGUCCCGCCGUGGGUGUCGACGCACUCGGCGAUGCACUUCCACGACCCCGAGUCUUUUAGGCCGGAGAGGUGGCUGGGGGAGGAUGAGAGGUAUGCCAAGGACGACUUCAACGCCUCGCUGCCUUUUGGGACAGGGCCUCGCGUCUGCAUUGGCAGGAACCUCGCAUACAUGGAGAUGCAGCUCAUCACUGCCACCUUGCUCUGGAAUUAUGAUAUCGAGUUGGACAGAGAAAAUUACCCGGACGUAAACUCGGUCUGGGGCUUGGAUGGCAACAUGAAGCGCAUGAAGAUCUUUCACUCCAUGACCAAGCCGGAUCUCUGGGUGAAGUUGAACAAGGUCCGGCAAUAGCGUUUUGCGGCCGAGGUAGACCCCGAGCUUGAAUGUGGUGGCUUGUAUAGCAUGGUUUUGUAUGUGCACCUUGAUACCUUUUCGCAUGUCAUCUUAGAUAGUCAUCAUAGGAAGAAGUUCGUGUUACAUUUGAAAUAUACAGUUACUAUUA